AUGCCAGGAAGCAAUUGCACCCAGGCAACUGAGUUCAGCUUGGCAGGAUUCACCGAGGACCCUGCAACUCAGGUCACCCUCUUCCUGCUAUUCCUGCUCACCUACCUUGUCACCAUCCUGGGGAACUUGGGGAUGAUCACCUUGAUCAGAGCCAGCCCCCUGCUCCACUCCCCCAUGUAUUAUUUCCUGGGCAACCUGGCUUUUGUGAACCUCUGCACUUCCACCAUUAUCACCCCCAGGAUGUUGGCUGGGGUUUUGUUGGGGAAGAAGGGAAUGGCCUAUGCCUGGUGCAUGGCUCAGGUGUUCACUAUUGACCUGUUCCUGGUCACUGAGUGCUUCCUGCUGGCUAUGAUGGCCUAUGACCGAUACGUGGCCAUUUGCCACCCCCUGCUCUACCCCCUUGUCAUGUCCCCAGAGCGCUGCUCCCACCUGGUGACUGGGUCCUACCUCCUCGGGCUGACCAACGGCGUGGGACAAGCCAUUGGCAUGUCCAGUUUGUCCUUCUGUGGCUCCAGCACCAUCCAUCUGUUCUUCUGUGACAUCUCCGUGCUGAUUUCGCACUCCACCUCUGACACCACCCUCAGCCUCAUCAUCCUGAGGACUGCUUCGUCUUUGCUCGGUGUUCCCACCAUCCUGGUGGUCCUGGCGUCCUACGUGGCCAUCAUCUCCACCAUCCUGAGCAUCAGCUCAGCUGAGGGCAAGCGCAAAGCCUUCUCCACCUGUACCUCCCACCUCACCACUGUCAGCACCUUCUAUGGGGCGUUGAUUUUCAUGUACUUAAUCCCCAGGUCACACUCCUUCAGGGGAGUAGAUAAAUGGGCUGCUGUGCUCUACACUGUGGUGACCCCCAUGCUGAACCCCUUGAUCUACAGCCUGAGGAACCAGGAGGUGAAGGAGGCUUGGAAGAGACUCAGGAAAACAAAAUAA